AUGGUCCUCAACUAUCAGCGCGAGACAAUUGCUCAUUGGCAUGGCGACAGUGGCGGUGCAGAGUUCUGUGGGAACAAAUAUCCAGAAAUGCAUACGACGGCGUCAUCGUCAACAGCCGUGCUUCAUCAUCGCGGAGCAAGCAAGAAUUUGCGAAGGCGUUGGCGUCCAGUGUUUACAGCGGCCGCCAAGGUCAUCAGAGAAUUGCAAGAAAGUCCCAAUGCCGCAGAUGCUUGGAGACGGGAGAGGUUGGAUUGGUUGAAGGUCUGGAAUGAACGAGUGGAUAAUACUUUAGAAUUCCUUUACACAGCUGCCAACUCGAGAGGGAUACCUCAUCAGGUUACGCGCAAUUUGGCUCAAUUCACGGCGCGAGAGCGGGGUCGUUUCUUCCAAAAGGUCCACCAGCUUCCCAGGUGGAAACCAAACCAAACCUUCCCCGCAACUCCUAAACCAAUAUCCUCGAAAGAAAAAGCAAAAUUGGAGAAAAAGCAAAAAUACGAAGAAUUCACGAAAAAUGCCGAUGGUGCCUUGGAAGAGGUCAUUCGCAUGGCCGAAGCAAGUGCGAAUCUGACGCUGGCCAGGAACAAGGUGGCUAUUUUACGCUGGAGUCCCCGAAAAUAA